GCAUGCAGGAGAAGACUUCAUUGUUACCCCCUUUGCUCAGGUGUUAGCCAGCCUGCGCUCGGUACGGAGCAACUUCACCCUCCUCGCCAACAUCUCCAUGCCAACCGUCAAGAGGUCUCCACUGGGCGGUGUAGCGCCCCACAACCCCAGAGCAGCUCUAUCAGAUCAACAGUAUGAGCAGCUGGCUACAGACACUCUGGAGGAGCUGGACUGGUGUCUGGACCAGCUAGAGACCAUCCAGACUCACCGCUCUGUCAGCGAUAUGGCCUCCAACAAGUUUAAGAGGAUGUUAAACAGGGAGCUGUCUCACCUAUCAGAGAUGAGUCGUUCGGGUAACCAGGUGUCUGAGUACAUCUCCAGCACGUUCAUGGACCAGCCCAACGAGGUGGAGCUGCCGUCCCCUCGUCUAAAGGAGAAGUCUAUGAGUCAGAUUAGCGGAGUGAGGAAUCUGUCCCACAGCUCCACUCUGUCCCCCUCUUCUGUCCCGCGCUUCGGAGUCAACACUGAACAGGAGGACCAGCUAGCCAGGGAGCUAGAGGACCUGGACAAGUGGAGUUUCAACAUCUUCAGAGUGUCAGAGUUCUCCAACAGCAGGCCUCUCAGCUGCAUCAUGUACGCCAUCUUCCAGGAACGUGAUCUCCUAAAGACGUUCCGCAUCCCCGUCGACACCUUCGUGACCUACGUGAUGACCCUGGAAGACCAUUACCAUGGCAACGUGGCCUACCACAACAGCCUGCACGCCGCCGACGUCUGCCAGUCCACACAUGUCCUCCUCUCCACACCCGCACUAGAUGCUGUGUUUACAGACCUGGAGAUUCUAGCAGCUCUGUUUGCUGCAGCCAUCCAUGAUGUGGACCACCCUGGAGUGUCUAACCAGUUCCUCAUCAACACCAACUCUGAGCUGGCUCUCAUGUACAAUGAUGAGUCAGUGUUAGAGAACCAUCACUUGGCUGUUGGCUUCAAGCUGCUCCACCUGGACAACUGUGACAUCUUCCAGAACCUGACCAAGAGACAGCGACAGAGCCUCCGCAAGCUGGUCAUCGAUAUGGUGUUAGCUACAGACAUGUCUAAACACAUGACUCUACUAGCUGAUCUGAAGACCAUGGUGGAGACUAAGAAGGUGACCAGUUCAGGAGUUCUGCUGUUGGACCACUAUACAGAACGCAUACAG